GGCGGCCGGCGGUGAAGGUGUUAACGGGGCUGGGUAAGAGGAUCCCUUGAAAAGAGUGGAACUCGGCGGCGGCGUUGUUAAAGUUUGGAGGGCCGCGGAGGAGGCAGCCGUCAGGGAAAGGAAGCCAGCUGGAGGAGCGCACCGAAGAGCCGACGACCCAGCAGAGCUGAGCUGAGCUCGCAGGGGUCACGGGCACAAGGCAGGAUUUCUGACUCUCUCCAGAGACUGGCUCUGGCCCUCAGCUCAGCUGCCCCUACGAUGUGGAACCCACUCCUUCAGGACGGGACUAGAGCUUUAAAAUAAAAUGGAUGAUCUGACGUUACUUGAUCUUCUGGAGUGCCCUGUGUGCUUCGAAAAGCUUGAUGUCACAGCCAAAGUCCUCCCUUGCCAGCACACCUUCUGCAAGCCAUGUCUUCAGAGGAUUUUCAAGGCCCACAAGGAGCUGAGGUGCCCCGAAUGCAGAACGCUGGUGUUUUGCAGUAUCGAGGCACUGCCGGCCAACCUGCUGCUGGUGCGUCUCCUGGAUGGCGUGCGCUCAGGACAGAGCUCCUGGAGAGGGGGCUCCCUCCGCAGGCCUGGAGUGCUGACCUCUCAGGAUAGCAGGAAGAGCAGGACCAGCCCCAGAAGUCUACAGACCAGCUCUUUCCGGCUGGUGCCCAACAUCAGAAUCCACAUGGAUGGGGUACCUCGAGCAAAGGCCUUAUGCAACUACAGAGGUCAGAACCCUGGUGACCUGAGGUUUAAUAAGGGAGAUGUCAUCCUGCUCCGGAGACAGCUGGAUGAGAACUGGUACCAGGGAGAGAUCAAUGGAGUUGGUGGGAUCUUCCCAGCCAGCUCUGUGGAAGUCAUCAAGCAGCUGCCCCAGCCGCCCCCACUCUGCAGGGCCCUCUACAACUUCGACCUACGAGACAAGGACAAAAGUGACAAGGAUUGUCUGACCUUCCUCAAGGAUGACAUCAUCACUGUGAUCAGCAGAGUGGAUGAGAACUGGGCAGAAGGCAAGUUAGGAGAUAAAGUAGGCAUCUUCCCUAUCUUGUUUGUAGAGCCAAACCUCACUGCAAGACACCUCCUAGAGAAGAACAAAGGGCGUCAGUCAUCCCGCACAAAAAGUCUGUCCUUGGCGUCCUCGUCCCCCAGAGGCAAGACGACCAGCACACCUACACUCCGCAGGGUCCCGGGGUCCAGGAGGAAGGGACCGGGGCAGUUCUCCAUUACAACAGCCUUGAACACUCUCAACCGGAUGGUCCACUCCCCCUCGGGGCGCCACAUGGUGGAGAUCAGCACCCCAGUGCUCAUCAACUCCAGCAACCCCUCUGUGUUCACCCAGCCCUUGGAGAAGGCAGACUUCCCUCCCAGCUCUGCUGGACAGGUCAGCAUUUACCAUCCUGCACCUGCCUCUUCAGGACAUUCCAUGGCUGUGUUCAAUCUGCCCAGCUCCCAGCAACACCUGUCAGCUAACAUGUGUGUAGCCCUGCACUCCUACUCAGCCCAUGGACCCAAUGAGCUGGACCUGCAGAAGGGAGAAGGUGUCAGGGUCCUGGGGAAGUACCAGGAUGGCUGGCUGCGGGGCAUCUCCUUGGUCACUGGGCGAGUCGGCAUCUUCCCAAACAACUACGUCAUCCCCAUAUUCAGAAAGACCUCUAGUUUUCCAGAUUCCCAGAGCCCUGGUCUCUACACUACAUGGACAUUAUCCACCUCUUCUGUGUCGUCCCAAGGCAGCAUUUCUGAAGGUGAUCCCCGGCAAAGCCGAACUUUCAAGUCUGUCUUUGUGCCCACGGCCGCAGUCAACCCUGUGAAGAGCGCAGCUGGCUCAGGAGCUUCCAGACAAGGGUCCUUUCAGAAAGGGCAGAGCAGCAUGAGGAAGAGUAAGUGCUGGCAGAGAGAUGGAUCCCUGCAGAGACCAGCCCAGUCUAGGAUCCCCACACUCGUGAUGGGCUCCCUCAGACGCAGCCCCACCAUGGUGGCCGGGCCUCAGCAGUUCCAUUUCUACCAGCCGCAGGGGGCCCCCUCCUCCCCUUCUGUGGAGAUGGGGCCCAAGCCUGCUUCCACCGGGGAGCCUGCCCUCACCGGCAUCAGCAGAGGCAGCGAAAGCAGGAUCCACUCGGCAGCCAGUUCCCUCAUCAUGGAAGGCAGGGAAGUCCCCAUCAAGAGCGAACCUCCGCCAAAACCGCCUGCGUCUGCCCCUCCAUCGAUCCUGGUGAAGCCAGAAAACUCAAGGAAUGGCACUGAAAAGCAAGUAAAAACCGUGAGAUUCCAGAACUAUAGCCCUCCUCCCACCAAACAUCACAGCUCCCAACCCACCUCUGGAAAGCCUGAACAGCCAGCCACCCUCAAGGGGUCCCAGCCCGAAGCAGCCUCCUUGGGCCCAGAGAUGACCAUCCUAUUUGCCCACCGGAGUGGCUGCCACUCUGGACAGCAGACAGACCUGCGAAGAAAGUCAGCUUUUGGCAAGGCCACAACCCCAGUGCCCACUGCCUCAGCCAUGCAGACCAUGUUUCCCAGCAAAUGAAUCUACGGAUGGCUUUUCCUAGAACGCAAAGAGAGCCUGCCUUGAAAAUCACUCAGGAAGGGCUGGAAAGGACCAGGGUGCUGACAAGAACAAUCCGCGUGGAUGGAAACCGGUCACUAACAGUUUGUGGCCCAUGUGACCUUCCUCAAACAUCAGGAAUGACACAGGAAUACCAACCAUUUGGCCUCUGAGACAGAGGUAACAGGAGAAAGACCCGCUGUCAUCACCCCCAGGAUUAACGGACGGAAGGGCCAGGAGGGGACAAGCGAGCAGGGCCUGUGCUGUGGCGGCUUAUAUCAGACUCCCACCCCUCCUCUUCCUCUCUGCUGUCAAAACCAAACUCGAUCUUGCCAAUUUGUCACAGCUCAGCACCAAACUAACAAAUGAAAAGACCAACCUCAAAUGCCUUCCAGCUCUGUGUCUGCCCUGUCUCACUAGCUCAGAUUUGGAGCAAGGCAGAGGAUGAUGUGAUAGUCUUCUCUCAGCGUUCCACCCGGAGACACAACGGUUCUUCACAACGUCCCCUGGCACCCCCACCUCAUCCCUGACACCCCACCAAGCAUCCUGCUUCCCUCUGCCACGUCCUCCUUCUUUCCCAUUCCAGUUCCUCUCUGCCCCCACUUUCUGACCCAGGGGAUACCUAUUAAACUAUAGUGAUGAAGGAAAGAAGGACCUGCUGCAUAAAAAAGUCCCAGACUAGAAAAAUCCAUGGUGUUAUAAGACGGACUCCACAGACCACAAUGCUUACAGGCAGGCCAUUUCAAGUAGGAAGAUAUACAAUCAGCUAUAACUGUGUAUCCUUUUUACACCAUGAAAAACAAGCCACUGGAAGACAUUCUACUACUGAUUUUAAAAAAUUAUAUAUACAUAUAUUUUUAAAUACAAUUUUUAAACCACCUGUGUUAACCUGAAAGAGGCAUUGUGUAGAGAAGUAAAACUCACAGAUACCCUAAAGCUUUUUGGACAUAUAUUUUCAUCUCCCCUAUCAUAAGACAUCAAUAAGAAUUUCAUAUUUUUAAAGCAUAUGCUGCCCCAACCUCCCAAGAUAAUAACAGGAAUGCAGUAUCGCCGGGAUAUGUCGGUGGUUUUAAAGUUCAGGAUCUUAGUUUUACACUGACGUAUCCUGGUUUUUUAUCCACCUUGUUUGUGAGCAGGAGCAAGCACCCGCAAAACGAUAAUCAGAGCAAGGACUGCAUUUUGUACUUACAGAAAGUUUUUCCUGUGUGAAGCUGUCACAUGCAGGACUUAACCUCCACCUACUUUUUAGAGGGAUGAAUAACUUCUGCUUAUUGGCCACAUCCUUUUCUCGGUUAACCACAAGGUGAUAAUAAGAAACAAGAAGCCCCCAAAUUUUAGCUUAUCUGCCAAAGUGGUGGGUGAGCAGGCAAGAGGUAAGACUGAACUACGCGAGAGGAUUAGAAGAUGACACCUUCUCCUCUCACAUGUGAUCAAAGAUUGUGCUGCUAAUUGUCAGUUGUUCUUUUGUCUGAAUUACCAUGACUAAUGUUAGUGUCAUUUCCUCUGGGAGGAACUCAGAUUGGUUAGUCUUUAGCCUCAACAGCAAUCAAUAUAGGAAUGCUGCUUUCAAAUUCUGGGAUCUAUUUGUUACUACCAUAAGGGCUUAGAGCCCACCCACACACAGGUUUCAGUGAUUUUACUUGCCAAGGUAAGGUCGUAGAGUUCCACAGUGGUAUGUGGAAAAAUUAAAUGUAGGCAGGGUGCCCACAUAAAACCUGGGGCAGGGGUAAGGGGACAACGUAAUGUUUAGUUCCCACAAGCUGCUGACAGCCACCUUGACCACUCACAGCCUGUCUCCAAGGCCAUCUUACCUGCGUCUCUAUCUCCACACACUGAAUUCUGCCUCUCACAAUUUGAACUGGAAAGCACCACUCCCAGUUUUCAUACGUGCUGUUUUUUUAAGUCUUUGGGAACUUUCUGUGACUCAUAAAGGAGUUUCGUUGGGAUUUAGCUCUUUCUUUGAACCUGUUUAGCCAGUACACCAAAUAUUUUCUAGAAAACAAAAUAAAAAAUGAAUUCUUCCCAGCUAAGCCCAGAAGCUUAGGAAAAGCCUCCUCCUUUCUAAAGCUUUCAUCUCUGUACUCUCAGCUCCAGUGCACAGCCCCAACUGGUCGUGCAUCAGAGGGGUGUGGGUGGGGGUAGGGAAGCUGGCAAGGAUGAAUUUGAAUGCUUACCAUGAAGUCAGCCCAGAAAUUUGUCCUAGAACAGUCUUCUAAGCAGGAAGUCAGAGUUUCAUCUCCUCAAAUUGUUGCUUCUUGAUUACUAUGUUUGGUCAAGGGGAAGUGGUGUUCUUUAGGUGAAAAAUGAAGAAAAUGAUAGGGGAAAAAAUUUCACUCCUCUGUAGAAAUCUAAGCAGAAAGUUAUAUAUUCUCUCAUCUCUGCUUACUUUUCUUAAGGACAGUAUUUUUAAUAGACCAGAAGAGUCAUAACUUAGUGUCUGUGAAUGUCUAUGAGAAGGGUAUAAUGUAUUAAUCAUUACGGAAUAUUACAUAAAUAAACCUUACAUACGUGAAAUAUAUAAACAUAAAAAUUAUUUCACAGGAAAGUGAACAGUUAAAGGUUUCCAAGCUUUAAUACCUGUGUUCUAAAACAUAGAGAGUUCCAAGGAUGCUUAUUUCCUUAGGAUAUUCCACUGCCAAGCCAAGAACUUCAGCAAGUUGUUUGUUGUUUGCUUCCUGGUUUGUAAUGUACCCCAAUCUGUAUAGAUUACAUUAAAAGGUCUGUUGCAUGUGU